AUGUCGGGCGCCAUUCCUGGAUCUUCUAAGCCUCUGGGAGUAUCUAGGGCUCUCCUUGUCGGUGUGGCAAAAGUGGACGGGUUCCCCAACCUCCCUCAAGCGCACAAGGAUGUUGUGAGAAUGAAAGAAUUCCUGAUUCGCUCCCGUGGCUACCUACCCGAAAACAUCGUACUUAUGAUGCACCAUAAUAGUGUCGCGAAAAAGUUUUAUCCUAGCAGAACAAACAUGCUGCGUGAGAUUGACCUCGUGGUCCAACGUACAUCCCAAUAUGACCAGAUUUUCUUCUACUACACUGGUCAUGGAGAUCAAGUUACUUGCAAACAUAACUCUGAACCCGACAACAAAGAUGAAGCUAUCCUCACAUACACGGGGAAGCGCAUCAUCGAUAAUGUCUUGAAAGCACGCCUUGUUGAUCCAUUACCUCAAGGCGCCAAGCUUUUCGCACUCUGGGAUUGUUGUCACUCUCAAACAGUGUUGGAUUUGGAGCAUUACAAUUGCAACGAGUUAUGGCGGGCGCCUUUGAAAGUCCUGACAGGUUUGGCGAGAAAAACCAAAAGCAUAGGUCAAGGCCUAAGCAAGAGGCUCAGCGCCAACAUCUUGAAGGAUAGCUCCGAGGGUCGUUCCUCGUCAAAGGAUGACUCUCCAAGAAAUGCACCAUUGGCAAUUGACAGCGGGGAACCUUCUGCCCUCUACAGGGUGUCUUCUCCUGAUUCAUACUUGCCUAGAUGUACUUUUGACUGUCCUAUCACACUCCCGGAGAACCGAGUCAAGGCCUACGUCGUUUCCUUGUCUGCAUGCAAAGAUAAUGAAUUGGCAUACGAUGACAACGUCACGGGUGAAACGGUUACGAAGUUCUUCAUUGAAUACCUUGAGCGCAACCCUGAGGCUUCUUAUCGCGAACUACUCUCCUACAUACAGGAAAAGGUCGAUGUCAUAACACGCAGACGAACGCAGGCGAUAAAACCGACAGGCGAGACAACAUACCGCUCACAUCAUCUGGAGAGACUACCGGAAAACGAAGUCGAAAUUGAGAAUUGGCACACAUGCGAACAUCACCGUAGCCAUAGCGAUGACGAGAAUGACGCUUCUACUUUGAGUUCUCAGCAGCCUGCGUACUCGAGUCAGUACCGCCUGGAUAUGUCGCAGAUCGUUGAAUUAUGA